AUCAAAUUACACAUAGCUUCCAAUCCAAAAUUCCAUUUCUGUAAACUACUUAAUCAUAUCACUUCAUUUCAAGAAACAGUCUUCUUAUAGCUUUUGAAAUAUGGGUGUGUUCCGGAUGCAGUCAUUAGCUUAUAACGCAAAACAACUCAUCAGACUGAACAACAAACAUCAAAGAGAUGUUCCCAAAGGAUAUUUGGUUGUAUAUGUAGGAGAAGUUCAAAGGAAACGGUUUGUGGUUCCUUUAUCUUACUUAAACCAGCCAUUGUUCCAAGAUUUGUUGCAUAGGUCAGAGGAAGAAUUUGGAUUCAACCAUCCAAUGGGAGGACUUACCAUUCCCUGCCAUGAAGAAGCUUUCGUCCGCCUUACUUCCCAAUUACAGAUGUUGUAAUUUGCCAUCCUCUAUAGAUAGUGGACGCACGGCUUUCUACUAAUUUUUGUAUUUAGAUCAUACAGAAUGAUAGAUGAAAUAGUGAAUUUUGUAAACAGGGGAAUUUUCCCAUAUUAUGAAUUGGUGGAUUCAUUUAUGUUGCAA